AUGUGUACUAAAGCUUUUGUUUUCCUGGUCUUGGUGGCAUGCGCAUUCGCCGUUGACAAGCCUGACAAGAGGAGUGCGGGCUGGGACCCGGCUGUGUGGCCACCUGUGCCGAUCGCAUGGGCGCCUUUGCAAUCAGGACCUGGGUGGUCGUCAGACUCCAACUCGGACGUGGCUGGCGCGGUGGCAGCAGCUAAGGCAGCGGCGGCGGCGGUAAUGGCGGCGCAGCAUGAGGUGGCCGCAGCGAAACACGCCGCCUUGGAGCAGCAGGGCAUCGCCAGCGCUAAGGAGGCUGCGGCUGCUCUUGCUGCUCAUAAAAGCGAAGAAGCAGCUCGUCACGCUCGAGCGCACGCUUUAGAAGCAGCUCAAGCAGCAGUACAGGCGCAAGCGCAGCUGGCAGCGGCUAAGGCUCGGGCAGCCGUCGCCCAGAAGAUAGCCGCCGCCAGAGAGGGCGCUGCAGCGAAGGCAAUCCAUCGCGCUGCGCAUAACCAGGCCGCAAGGCUGCAAAACGCUGACAUAGAAUCCCUCAAGCUAUCUGUGAUCCAGAGUUCAGGCGCGGCGGGCGCGGCCGGCGCUGCGCAGCACGCCGCCACGGCCGCCGCCGCAGCGCUGCGCCCCGCCGGGUGGAGCCCCGAGCCCGCCUGGCCCAAGCCGUGGAACCCUUGGACCCCACCUGCAGCACCCUGGGGGUGGGCCUGAUUGUAAUUUGCUAUACGCA